AUGGGCCGAUUGACCGUCCCUGAAGCCGUGCGCCUCAUAAGCGAUCUUGCAAACUCUCCAAUUGCUCUCGAAUUUGGGGCCGGAGGUCUGUUUAUCCCAUUGACUCUCGUGUAUUAUCCUCUGUGUAACCUUCUAAGCGUACAAAUAUCCUAUGCUGGUCAACAUUCUCCCUCGGUAUCGUCGUUGCCUCUACGCCCUCACGGCAAGUCUACGGGGAGUCCACAGUCAAUGUCUAGCGUUUUAGACGGCCCUGCCGGGUUUGCGCUCCGCACGAAUGGCUCCUGUCUCGACACAGAGGUGGACUGUGGUGCCACCGUUCACCCAUUUCGAGCCUGCUGCCCCGGGGGCUCAUACUGCCCAAGCCAGUACAAUGUGAACUGCUGUCCAUCCGCCGCGAACUGCACACAGCUGCUUGUGGAGACACCAAAAUGCGCCAAUGAGACGUGGGAUUUGUACAAUUAUUACGGAUACUUUUGCUGUGAGAAGGGAACAACAGCCUUCGGCACCAAUUCGGGCAGUGAUGGUUGCGCGGUGCGGGGGUAUAACUUCGACAGCUCCGAGACUCUGUUGCCGGUUGUCUCCUCGGGGAAGGCAUCUGUUGCGGCAUCGACUUCCUCCGUAACAUCCACGCCGUCGACGAGCUCUACAUCCUCGACAUCACCAACGCACACAUCGACUCAAACUCAACCCUCAGAGGCGUCCUCUAAGACAAACACAGGAGCCAUUGCAGGAGGCGUAGUCGGCGGCGUGGCUGGAGUAGCCCUCAUUGCUUUCUUGGUGUGGUGGCUUCUCAGUCGCCGAACGAAACGUCAACCAGUUCUUCACGGGCCGCAAGUGGACCCCGUCACAGAUCAUAAAGGUAAUCGCCUAAUGGUCAGUGAACUUGACGGCGGCAGUACCGCGCAUGAGCUCGAGGACCGAGUAAAUCAUCCGGCUCACGAGUUACCGGCGGACUCGACAGUCCGUUGA